AUGAUGUCAUCAUUCUCCCUUCUCUCUCCUGCAAUUGCCUCACCUCCUCACAUCAUAACCAGACAUCCACCACCUCUGUCUUCUCCUAUUUUCUCUCUUUAUCCCAACCCUUUAUCUCUUUAUGCCCAUAACGCCACAACUACCGAUCUUUCUUCUCAUUACGGACCAAUACAGACCUCUAAACUUGAUUCUAUGGGGAAAACCUCACGUGGGGCGUUUAGGAUUUCUUCUCUUUCAAACUUUGAAGGAGAAUUGGGGACUGGAAGCCAAGGAAGUGAAGGGGACGACGACGACGACGAUGGUGAAGAAGAAGAAGAAGUAGAGGGCGGAAGUCCCUCUUCUGUUUUGCCUGAGAGAUGGGAUGUUUUGGGUCUUGGUCAAGCUAUGGUGGAUUUCUCUGGCAUGGUUGAUGACGAAUUUUUGAAAAGAUUAGAAUUAGAGAAGGGAACAAGGAAACUUGUGAACCAUGAGGAGAGGGGUAGAGUUUUGCGGGCUAUGGAUGGUUGCAGCUACAAGGCAGCUGCUGGUGGAUCUCUUUCAAACAGUCUAGUUGCCCUGGCAAGGCUUGGUUCUAAACCCGUAGGAGGCCCUGCCCUAAAUGUAGCCAUGGCUGGCAGUGUAGGGAGCGAUCCGUUGGGUGGCUUCUACAGUGAUCUGAUGAGAUUCAAUAUUUUCUCCUAUGAUUUGUUUCAUAGAUCAAAAUUACGCCGGGCAAAUGUGAAUUUCCUCUCUGCACCUGUCAAAGAUGGGACGACAGGAACAGUGAUAGUUCUCACAACCCCUGAUGCACAGCGAACCAUGCUUGCAUAUCAGGGUACAUCUUCAACUGUUAACUAUGAUCCAUGCUUGGCCAGCAUAAUUUCCAAGACGAACAUAUUGGUAGUUGAAGGCUAUCUAUUUGAAUUUCCCGAUACAAUUAAAACAAUUUCAAAAGCUUGCGAAGAAGCACACAGGAGUGGUGCGCUGGUUGCAAUUACAGCAUCAGAUGUGUCCUGCAUCGAAAGACACUACGAUGAUUUCUGGGAAAUUGUUGGAAACUGUGCCGAUGUUGUGUUUGCAAACAGUGAUGAAGCAAGAGCUUUGUGUGAUUUUGCACCAAAGGAAAGUUCAAUUUCAGCUACAAGGUAUCUUAGUCAUUUUGUACCCUUUGUCUCUGUCACUGAUGGGCCGAGAGGAUCCUAUAUUGGCGUAAAAGGAGAAGCUGUAUAUAUCCCUCCUUCACCAUGUGCACCCAUUGACACUUGUGGUGCUGGGGAUGCAUAUGCAUCUGGUAUUUUGUAUGGUAUCCUACGGGGUGUGUCUGAUUUGAAAGGAAUGGGUGCAUUAGCAGCUAGAGUUGCAGCCACAGUUGUUAAACAACAAGGAACCCGGCUUAAAGUUCAGGAUGCUGUUGAGCUAGCUGAGUCAUUUGCAUUCCAUCUUGAGCACUUUGCAAUUGGAUCAGAUAUUGGUUCUGAUCAUAUUUCCAGCUUGUGA